AUGGGUCGAAGGUGUGGUGAACAGACACUCCCCCUACAGCCUACAACACUCCGGGUCACACCGUCGAAUGAUAGAGCUACAUCGCCCAGUGCUACAUCUAAAUCACACAAUGAAAAAGGUGUAUUGUCCAAAGGUACAUCUACAUCUUCCAGCGGUACAAUAACAACGUCCAGCGGUACAACUACGUCACACAAAGGUACAGCAACAUCAACCAGAGGUACAGCACCAUCGCCCAGCGGUACAGCUACAUCACACAGCGGUACAGCAACAUCAACCAGCGGUACAGCUACAUCGCCCAGUGGUACAACUACAGGUACAUCUUCCAGCGGUACGGAAACCUUGUCAAGCGCUACUGCAACAUCGUCAAGCGGUACAGAAACAUUGACCAGUGGUACAGCUGAGUCGUCCAGCGAGACAGAAACAUUGACCAGGGGUACAGCUGAGUCGUGCAGCGAUACAGAAACAUUAACCAGGGGUACAGCUGAGUCGUCCAACGAUACAGAAACAUUGAACAGUGGUACAGCUAAGUCCUCCAGCGAUACAGAAACUUUGACCAGUGGUACAGCUGACUUGUCCAGCGAUACAGAAAAAUUGACCAGUGGUACAGCUGAGUCGUCCAGCGAGACAGAAACAUUGACCAGGGGAAAAGCUGAGUCGUCCAGCGAGACAGAAACAUUGACCAGUGGUACAGCUAAGUCGUCCAGGGAGCAUGGGAUAUGCGAAAAGUUUUCAAACGGCACCGAACGAUGUCAUUGUGAUACCAACUAUGAGGGAAAGUUGUGCGAUAUCGGGAUGACAUUUGACGAACUGGAAUCAGCUACGUCACACAGCAAUAUAGCUAAAAUGCCAAGUGAUGCAUCUGUAAUAACCCUAUUUCCUGACCUCGACCUUACAUCUGCCAUUACUCCUUCUACAGUUCACGUUUGCUCGCCAAACUACAGAAUGAGACCGCUUCAAGAAAGGAAUUGUGAGAGUUUCCUUUGUGUAUACGGCUAUUGUUACAUUGACCAAACCAACAAAUCAUUUCAAUGUCUUUGUGAUGAUGGUGGACUUGGAGAUGAAUGUAAAGAAAAAUGUUGCUUGCAGUGUUCAGAGCAUGGGAUAUGCGAAAAGUUUUCAAACGGCUCCGAAAGAUGUCAUUGUGAUACCAACUAUGAGGGAAGGUUGUGCGAUAUCGGGAUGACAUUUGAUGAACCGGAUUCAGAUUUGGAGUUAACGCCCUUUGUGGUCAUUCCUAUCGUCCUGGUCCUACUUUUCCUGGCGGCAGGGCUUCUGUUGUUCUGGAUGUGGAAAAAUAGGGUCACAAUCAUCAUGAAAAUAGUCCAUUAUUUUCAAGCGUAUGAAGACGAUGAUGAGAAGAUAUGGGAUGUAUUUAUUUCCUAUAAAUCUGCAGACAUCGACCAAACCUUUGUCCUGCGCGUGCUGUUACCAAAACUUGAAGAGCUUGGCUUCACUGUUUGUCUACACUUCCGGGAAUUCUUACCGGGGGAAUCAAUUGCAAACAACAUCAUCAACGCUAUUAACAACAGCAGAAGAACCAUCCUGAUCUUAACACCUCGCUACGUCAGCAGUGAGUUCACUAGAUUGGAAUACCAGGUGGCCCAGCACGAAAUGCUGAAGAGGAAACAUAAAAUCAUCCCUGUGCUACUUGAGGAUAUUUCAAUGGUAAACGACACUAUGGAUCCCAACUUAAAGCUUAUUCUUCGAUGUGUCACGUAUCUGGAAUACCCUGGUCCUGAUGCUGGUGAAAAUAACACGAAGCGCUUUUGGGAGAAACUUUCAUUAGCUAUGCCAAAGAAAAGGCAAACUGAAGAAAAACAAAAACAACAAAUAGAUGAAAUAACGGAUGAACUAUACAUUGAGGGACCGGUAAACGGUGCAACAACGAAAAAUGAGAAAACACACACGGUAGAUACACACGUUUGACAAAUGGACAGUAUCACAAACAACGGUAAAGCUACUUCGCUCAAGGGUACAGCUUCAUCGCUCAGCAGUACAGCUCAAUCACUCAGCGAUACAUCUAAAUUGUUCAGCGAAACAACUACAUCUUCCAGUAGUACAGCUGCUAAGCGGUAAAUCUGUAUCGCACAUCGGUACAUAAUCCAACGGUACAGCUAUAUCGCACAGCGAUACAACUACCUAACACAGCGGAACAACUACAUCGAACACCGGUAAAGCUUCGUCACACAGCGGUAUAGCUACGUCACACAGCGGUACAGCUACAUCACACAGCGGUACAGUUACACCACACAGCGGUACAGUUACAUCAUACAGCUAUAUAACUACACCAUACUGCGAUACAGCUACGUCACAUAGAGGUACAGCUACAUUACACAGCGGUACAGCUACGUCACACAGCGGUACAGUUACAUCACACAGCGGUACAGUUACACCACACAGCGGUACAGUUACAUCACACAGCUAUAUAACUACACCAUACUGCGAUACAGCUACGUCACAUAGAGGUACAGCUACAUUACACAGCGGUACAGCUACGUCACACAGCGGUACAACUAAAUUACACAGCGAUACAGCUAUGUCACACAGCGAUACAGCUACAUUACACAGCGGUACAGCUACACCACAUAGCGGUACAGCUACGUAACACAGCGGUACAGUUACAUCAUACAGCUAUAUAACUACACCAUACUGCGAUAUAGCUACAUCACACAGCGGUACAGCUACAUCACACAGCGGUACAGUUACACCACACAGCGGUACAGUUACAUCAUACAGCUAUAUAACUACACCAUACUGCGAUAUAGCUACAUCACACAGCGGUACAGCUACACCACAUAGCGGUACAGCUACGUCACACAUCGGUACAGUUACAUCACACCGCGGUACAGCUACGUCACACAGCGGUACAGGUACGUCACACAGCGGUACAGUUACAUCAUACAGCUAUAUAACUACACCACACUGCGAUAUACCUACGUCACACAGCGUGCGGUACAACUAAAUUACACAGCGAUACAGCUAUGUCACACAGCGAUACAGCUACAUUACACAGCGGUACAGCUACACCACAUAGCGGUACAGCUACGUAACACAGCGGUACAGUUACAUCAUACAGCGAUAUAACUACACCACACUGCGAUACAGCUAUAUACGUCACACAGAGGUACAGCUACAUUACACAGCGGUACAGCUACGUCACAUAUCGGUACCGUUCCAUCACAACGCGGUACAACUACGUCACAUAGCGGUACAGCUACACUACACAGCGGUACAGUUACAUCAAACAGCUAUAAUUACACCACACUGCGAUACAGCUAUACGUCAUUGAGCGCGCGUUACAACUAAAUUCAGCGAUACAGCUACAUUACACAGCGGUACAGCUACAUCAUACAGCGACACAGCUACGUCACACAACGGUACAGCUACGCCACAUAGCGGUACAGCUACGCCACAUAGCGGAUCAGCUACAUCGUCGAGUGGUUUAGCUUCAUCGCUCAGAGAUACAGCUACACAUCACUCAGCAGUACAAGUUAAGAUAUCGUAUAGCCCAAUUGUAUUUAGAAACUGGGUGGUAUGAGAGAUUGUCAGUUGAAGAGAGAUAAUGUUUAAUACUUUUCAGUGUCGAUUGUGAAAUUCCUGUUUUACUCGAAUUUCUGCUGUACACUGAUUUGUGUGUGGAAUGGAUAGAACAUUCUACUAGGUGUGUUAAUAGUUUCAGGCAAAAACAAAAUAAUGUGUGUUUCAGGUAGCAUGACUUUAAAAAGAUUGAUGAAGGUUGGUAUUUUGCUUUGUUUUUUGUUUGUUUG